GUGGCAGCUUGCGAGCAAAGGGGCUGUCUCCACGGACGCCCGGCUGCCUCUCCACCUCCGGGAGAAACCCCAGGUGGCACCGCGACGGGCGCUCAUCCCAAACGCGACGCGACGGUACCAACAAUGGAGCCAACCGAUGAAGCAAGCGUCUCGAACCGCUUCGACGCGUUCUUGGGAGAGCUCGACGGCCUCACGCCGACCACCGAGAAGCAGAUCGAGAAGAGAUUAAGGGAGCUGCGCAACGUGAAGCGCGGCAAGCCCGCGAGGAAGCCGACGAAAAAACGGCAGCAGCGAAACAGGACAAACAAGCUCGCCCGGCCGCUGAACCCGAUCACGAAGCCCGAGGCCCCGAUCGCGCAAGAGCCGUCCACGACAUUACCGCCGCUCGCCCCGGCCAACAAGGAAGCCGCUCUGGAGGCGAAGAAACGGCUGGCAUCACAAGACGCGAAACAAGCGUCCUGCCCCGACUUGGACUCCGGUGCGACCUGCUGGGGGUUAGUGCCCGACCGAACUUCUUGUAGAGUGCCCUGUACCUUAUCGGUGGUGGCCUCGCCGCCCACGCUCGUCUGGCAUUCUUCGAACGAAGACGGCAAGGUCCAGCGGAGGGCGUGGCGCUGGGGCGACCUCAACGAGGACGGCGAGCCGGGCUGGGUCGGGCUGGACCGAGCUACGAGAAGAUUGUUGGAAAAGAGGUUAUGCGGCCCGCAGAGCGAAGUAAUAGAGGACGACAGCUACGUCGAAGCCCGUAGGCACCGGCAUUUCACAAAGAAGCCGCUCGUCGUCCUCAAAUGUACGACGGCGUUCCUCUCGUCGAUGCACCACCAGGCCGCGAAACGAGCCGCGGACGCCGUCGAGAAAGCUCCUCCAGAUACCUCGAGUGGCCAGCACGCCUGCGCCUUCUACACGAAACCCAAGGCCGCGCGCGCCGCGCUGCAAGCCUUAUUAUUCACGGAGCCCGUCGGUGAUGCCGUGGGCGAGGCGGGCGUCGUCUUGCAGCGUUAUAUAUCAUCAAAGGGCGGCAAGCCGUGGAUUUGUAGAGCUCUGGUGGACGCGCGGGCCGCCGCGAACCUCCAGUGGAAGCUGAGGCGGGGCGAGGAGAAUACGAAAAUCGACGCGGGGCCCUGGGCUCACGGAGGCGGGCAGCCCGAGGCCUGGGUCCUCUCGGAGUCGUCUCAGGAGGAAGUGGCCACCUCCACGGCAAGGUGCGUCGAGGGCACGUGUUCGGUCGUGCGGAGCGUGCCCGGGAGUCAAGCCUGGACCGACGCCAAGGUCUGCACGGCAAGUGUGUUGCGGGGCCUGAACCAUGUCCUCGGUAAUCAGUUGACAGCGAUCGCGUGCGACUGCGUCCAAGAUGAAAGAGGGCGCUGGUCCGUGUUGCAGAUCAAAGGUAUCAGAGGUACCUUUGACCGUAACGAGGUCUGGAUGCCGCGCAAGAAGAUCAUUGUUGAUAAAGAGGAGCCGUUUCAAGCGGUAGAAUGUGAAGGCGCAUAUUGCGACCGCGAGAUCCCGGAAGAACGCCUCCACGAGUACCAGGACGCCAUGGCGCGCGACCUGAGGUUCUCAAUACCGCGAAAAGUGGUCCUGGACAAGCCCCGCGAUGGAGAAGCGCGGCCCACUGCGGCAGCUUUGGUGAAGAUGUCGCGGCGGCAGCGCCUGGCCCUGUACGACGCCGUCAAAGUCUGCGCGCACUGCCACUUCGUCUACUGCGGGCCGCCGACGCAGCGUGUGUUACAAAAACCGCCUCCCACCAGAGAACGCGUGGAGAAGACCGCGGAGAUGAUCGACGAAGGUUUAACGGCGGCGGCGGCGCGGAGUCCGGACACGGACCAGCCUCCGACCAUCCUCGCCGAUCUGUUGAAUGCGACCUCGUUACCGAAACAAGACGAGGAGGCGUUUAUUGGGGACGCCAAGGACAAGGAGAUCCGCGACUUACGGCGGCAGAUCGCGGAGCUCACGAAGAGCGUCCCGGCGCCGCCGCCGUCCGCGCCGCCGAAGCCGGGGCCGGCCGAUCCCAAUUCCUGGAUCUUCCAGCUCGGCGUGAGUCCCAAGAAGGAAGAAGAGGAGCCCGAGGGCCCCGACGCCGCCGCGGCGAUCCGCGGCGCCGAGGGCGAGCUCGACGCCAUCUUCUCGUCCGCGGGGCAGUUCCUCGACGACCUCGACAUCAUCUUCGAGGAGGGCGAGCGCCAGGGGUAUGAGGGGGAGGGGCUGGCCGGCAUCCGCGUGUAAGACAUGUGUUGUUAUUA